CGGAAACGUACGUGCAAUGCAUAUCCAUUAUCCACUCUCUCUCUCUCUCCCUCUUCCUCCUGCCUCCUCGCGUAUAUAAAGGGAAGCACGCACCGACGCGAACGGGGGCCGUGCGUUCCAAGCUACCAGCCUACCGCCGUUGCUUCUUGCUCGAUCCGCGACGCACGGUUGAUGGUCAUGGUGGGAGAGGCUUGCGAGGCGGUGGUGUCCCAUGGGCUGCUGCGCCAAGGCGGGGGAGGUUCAGGAGGAGACGGAUGCGACGGCGGGGUAUCUGAGACGGCCGGGUCGUCGUCCUCGCUGUUCUCGUCGACGUCUAGCCAGCUGACCGACGAGGAGGACGGCGACGGCGCGACGUCCUCCUCCCCGCCGGGCCGUGGCGUCUCGUCGUCGUCCUUGCCCUCCUUGACGUCGUCCGGGUUGGAAACCAUGCAGAUGGACGGCGCCGCCGGCGGACCGCUCUACGAGCUGUCGACGAUGCUGGACCACCUCCCCGCCCUCAGGACCGGGCUGUCCAAAUACUACCAGGGGAGGUCCCAGUCUUUCACAUCGCUUGUCGACGUCAGCUGCGUGGAAGACCUCGCGAAGAAGAUCGCCCCUUACACCAGGAGGAUGAAGGCGUCCAGAGGCUACACUGCAGCGCUGGGUGUGAAGGACCGAUUAUCGAGGACGAUAGCCAAGAAGGCACCAAGGGCUUCGCCGGGCCGGUUGCUGUCGAGAGCAAGGAGCACAGGUCUCCUGCGCAGCAACGGCAAACCACCUGCAAACCAGGGCAAGAGAGAGGUGUACAGAUGCUAGGUCAAGGCACAAUGUAGGGUCCUGCAAAAUGAAACGAGAUGAGAUGAGAUUUACCGCAGAUGAGCUCUGACGCGCUGGAGCUAGCAUGUUCUUCAUUUUGCCAGCCCCCUUGUCUUACUUUGUCCAUAGAGAUUCUUGCAAUGGAAUUUUUCCGAGGGAGGUUUUGUUCAGUUUUCCUUCUGCAACUAAUCCUGUUUCUGUAUGCUUG